UCUCACGUAUCCGUUAAAACAAAACUCCUAUUUAUCAUCCCCAAUCACCAAACUGAAUGACUAUAAGUUGAAACUCGAAGAUCUGAAUUGGGAUUACUCUUUUGUUAGAGAGUUUCCUGGUGAUCCUAGGACUGAUAUAAUUCCUCCUGAGGGAAUGAGACUUCCUCGAAGUCUUGAGGUCUGGAAAUUGGGGACUGUCAGCUACUUGGAUGCACUUAAGCUGCAAGAAAAACUUGUGUCUGAUAGGAAAAUUAAUAAGAUCUCAGAUACGCUCUUGUGCCUGCAGCAUCCACCCACAUACACCCUUGGAAAGCGUCGGACAGAUCACAAUUUAUUAAUUCCUGAGUCUGAACUAAAACAGAUAGGAGCCGAACUUUGUUACACACAGAGAGGAGGAGACAUUACAUUUCAUGGUCCACAUCAAGCAAUAUUAUAUCCCAUUGUUUCUCUACGUGACAUUGGAAUUGGUGCUCGGAAGUAUGUGGAGAAACUUGAGUUAACUAUGAUUGAAUUAGCAUCAUUAUAUGGAGUAAAAGCUCGUGCCGGAAAUACGGGUGAAACUGGGGUUUGGGUUGGAGAUAGAAAGAUAGGUGCGAUUGGAGUUCGGAUACAAUAUGGAGUUACUUCUCAUGGAUUGGCAUUUAACAUUGAUCCUGAUUUAAACUAUUUUAAGCAUAUUGUGCCUUGUGGGAUUCCAGAUAAAGAAGUCACUUCUUUAACAAGAGAGACUGGCAAUCUGCUUCCUGCUGAAGAUUUAAUUCAUGAGCAGUUGGUUUCGUGUUUUGCUAGACAGUUUGACUAUGGUAGUCUUCUCAGGAAGGAUAAUGUACUAAUGUCUGCUAAUGAGAAUUUAUGUUGAACUGUGGUGGUUGUAGACCAAACAGAUCAUCUAUGUCAACUAUGUGCUCACAUAAUUAAUUCAUUAAUUAUAUUCUUUUGACUUUUUUUUCAAACCUUCAGCCUGAAGUGUGCUUCUGUUGUCUUGGAAAAUGGAUUUUGGGGUUAGUACCUGAUAAAAUUUUAUUUCGGUUUUGAAAAUAGAUUUAGGGCUUCAAAAGUGGUUCUUAUCAGAGCUUCGGGGACUGGUGGGUAUAUGACUGCUAAAGUCAUGUAUCAACCUGAUAGACCUCUGCCAGUUAUGUUGAUUCAUAACUGUUAAGUGACGGGUAACAGUUUCUGAUCAGUGAAAUCUUGUCGAAGUUUUGUGUCUUGAGAAUCUGACAUACCAUUGAUGUGCAUAACAUGCAUGAAUAUGUCAGUAUAUUUUCAUACCCUAAUGCUGAGUAUGCUACACAGUCUGAUCUUUCAUUCAAAGGGUUUCAAGGUCAGUAUUGCAUCCUUCUAUUCUCAUUUGAGUGGUAAUAGACUACAUGUUUUCUGGGACAAUGAGAAUCUUCGAUACACAUGAACCUCUGAAUAUCCAAAGAAAACAUUACUGAAAUCUCUAUUCUUUAACUUUCAGGAGUCACUUGAGAAGAUCUUGCCAUAUGAUUAUCUUAAGCAGAGAUCUUUCACCAUUUUUUUGGCAGCUAAGGCAAUGGCAUUGCAAUUUAUACAAAUAGAUAGCUUUCAGUCACUACUGAAACUCAUUGCUGACUAAUCAUUCAUGCAAAAUUGAAUAUCCUAUAAUUAAAAUGUAGGAAAGCCUGCAUAAUUUAGAUCUGUUUCUAAUUUUGCUUAAGAAAUUGUUUCAUUUUUAAAAUGCCUUGUUGAGAUCAAUGUUCUAUGUUCCACAAGCACUUGAAUCUCAGGAAGAUAGGCUAGCAUGAGGGACAUCUAUAAUUUCAGUUUUAGAUACAAAUCCUAAGAAAUUUGGUCUUUGCUGACAAGCCAGCUAAAUUUAGUUGGGGCAGAAGGUUGAUAUAGGUGCCAUUGCUGUGCCGGAACUUGUUAGUAUAAUUCGAUGCUUUAAGACAGAAAUCAAACUAGAAGGUCUAGAUACAGCCAAGUCAAAUUAGAGAAUUUGCAAAAAGUGGAAGAUGAAGGGUGAUUCAUUUCUAGAAAAGUAGGCAUACCCAACUAACUUUAGCUGUGUUUUAUUAUACAUAAUAGGGGUACAAAACUGAUGAGGAUAUAAUAGAGCAGUGAGGACAGUGAUUGAUUUGUUCUCAUGUGAUAAGUCACAUAAGACAUGUUGUUUAACUACCUGGGGAUUGCAGACAAGUGAGGGAAAUAUAAUACUCAAUUCAUCAUCACACGAUGAGCUGCUUCCAAGUUCCAACCCAUUAAAGAACAAAACAAGGAAAAUACCAAAUUGAAAGCAUAUCUGCUAUGGAAAAUGUUUACUGGGGACUUAGUCCAGUGAAAUUAUACCUCUACCAAAUUGAAAGCUUGCUAAAAGUGGGAAUCUUAACAUGCAACUUUUUGGUUAUUAUAAGCUUCUUUGACCUAGUUUCCUUCAUUUCAUACUAUAAUCAAAUAUUUUGAUUCCUGCUCCAAUCAUUUCUGAAUUUGGUAGGACAUUGUUCACAUUUGUUGGUUACAGCUAUCGUUUUACUCUGAAUUGAAUAAGAACCUCACAACAUUGCAGGCUUCCAUUUGACAAUGCAGUUAUUGACAACUAUAUAUUACACUCUCUUAGACCUGAGCACAAACUAUUUGUAAGAAACAUGCAUUUCUAACUUCCCUGGACAGUUCCUUGCAAAUGUGUACGCUACAAAACCUUCUCUAUUAUCACUUCCUUUUCAAGCAAGCAACACAAUGAGAACUACUCAUAGAGCUUUGGUUAGUGUCUUUGCCAUAAUUCUGGUUUUUGUCCUCAUGUUUUCACUAUUUUCUCUUGAUCAUGUGGAACAUAGUCAUCAUAGAGAAAUAAAUGAACCAAGAGGAUUGCUGGGUUCCAUUACUUCACUUUCUUCAAAUCUAAGCAAGCUGAAUAAAGCUGUUGGUGAUCCCCAGAAAGCUGUGGAAACGAGCCUUAAGAAGGCACCACCAAGUGAAUCAAAUCCUAGCCAGAACAAGCUUUGGUUUCUCAAAAAGAUUUAGGAUGAAAUGAAGUGAAUUGUACUUAACAGAAGUAUGUAGGAAUAUAUCAGAAAUAUUAUUAGAUUGCUUGAAGGAUUGCUAAUUUUACAAUGUUGAUUACUGUCCGAAAGAGCUUCCAGUACAAGUUGAUUUGUUAUACUGACUGGAUGCCUAAAAACUAUAGUCUAGUAUGCAAAUGGAGAUACUCCUGCACCAAGGGAAUCAUGAGUAGAGCUUACUGCCGAUCAAGGCUGGUGCUAAAUGAUCUUCAAAGCAAUGAAAUUUGGAGGUAUGGUAACAAUCCAAGUGCAGUUUCCUAUGGUGUUAUGAAUUAUGCGGGCAACUUUGUGCUCGAAGUAAUGGAUCUUAUGACUUACGUGACAACUUCAGUCAUCCUUCAAAUACCUUGCGAGCGGCACAAACAAUGGAUACUGAAGGAGAACUUUUUUUUCUAAGCAAACUGAGCUGUUUCAGCUACAUUAUUUUGAUGAUGGAAAUCUUGUCCCAAUGCUGUUGAUGAGGAUAGGAAAUUGCCAUAUGCUGACUUUGAAACUUGAACUCGAUGAUAGUAAUUCAUCAAAUUUUGUUGUUUGAGUGAUCUUCAAUGAGUCAGACUACAUGUACAAAUUGAGAAUAUUGGCCAAAGGUUUGAUCUCAUUGUUGUAAAGCCAACUCCAACAUCAAAUUUCUAUCAUAGAGCAGUACUCAAUUUUGAUGGUGUUUUUACACAGUAUAGUUAACUGAAGGUGUCUUUGGUCCAUAUCAGAAGAUGUAUUGUUAGGCCUCUGAUUGUGGCAAUCUACUAUAGAAAGUCAGGGAAAAUCAGUAGCUGAAGGUUUACUAGGGGAGGAUAAGGAGGACUUUGCGGAUAAAGCAAACACAUACUCAAAUCAGGAGGAGAUAAGGAAUGAGGGUAACAAAGGAUUUACCCAUUAGAUUAGAAGCUAAAGGCUAAAUAAAUUAGGAUUAUGGAUUGGAUAAGGGAAGAGAUUUACCUAUUUAAACAAGCCAUAUUUGGUAGGGUAGGACAUAUAUUAAUUUUAGAACAUUGUUGAUAAAAUAGUUCUUGCCUUUAUUC